AUGUCCAACCCGAAAGAUGCAUUCCAGGAACUUGUCCGCAUCUUCUCAUCUAGAGACAACCAAGUCCUCGAGAUCGAGAUCCUUCCAUCAAGCCUAGGCGUUCCGUUCCUCCAAGAUGGAUGCUCAGUGGGAAUAACCAAGAAGGUGCUAGUGCAGGCCUUCACGGUCGCGCGCCAACUCUUCUUCGACCGAUUAAUGCCCAUGUCCGAAGAUGACCUUCAAACCACCUUUACGACAAACGCCCAGUCCAGAAUCGCAGACUCGGCUAUUACAGAAAUCAUGCUCCUCUUUGACUGCGAGCAUCUCACGGCCUGCAACUGGCGCAAGCGCCGACUGCAGGCGGCCAUGGCCUACCCUGGUAUUUCAAACCAGACCUCUGCCGCAGAGUUGUUAGAAGCAGAACUCACGCUCAUGUCGAGCUACCAAUGCUCGCCACUCCAUCGACAUACCAAGUCGCCGACCCUCUGGCAUCACCGCCUGUGGGUGGUUGUCUAUCUGCUUCAAAAACGGCAUUGGGGUCUUGAGGACCUGUCUAAGCUGCGAAGGACUGAACUAGAUAUUGUUCUCCGCGCUGGAGAGCUGCAUCCCAAGAACUAUUAUGCUUUCAGCUAUAUGCGACAGUUGGAUGUUCUUCUCGCUGCUACAGCGAAUACACCUGGGCAAUCGACAUGGGAAACCCAUUCUGCGCAGUCAGUUGUCGAACGGGUGGUUGAUUGGUGCUUGGCUAACCCACGCGAUAUAUCGGGUUGGAGCUUCGCCCUCUACAUGCUGAGCAAUGUUCCAGAGCAACAGAAUCGAGCCAACGCUCUUGAGAGAGUGGUCAAGUUUGCGCUUAACGUUGGAUGGGAAGGCGAGAGCCUUUGGACGUUUGUCGACCAAGUAUCGAGGCAGUUUGGGCUUGAAAGUGUGAUCAAAGAUAUUAUUCUGUUGCACUGCGAUCAAGCAGCCAGACCUCCUGAUUGCCAAAUGGUUCAAGACAGUCGACAGAAGAAGUCAUGGCAGACCUGGCUAGCCCGGGCGAGAGUAUGUUGGGUCGUAGAUCAAGGGCAAGAUACAUAA